AUGUCUCAGCCCAAGACAGUUGCGCAGCGCAUGGCAACUCGGCCUAAGAAUGCGACUCAACAUCCGGGACGCAUCGUGAUUGAAAGUCAGGGAAAGAGACAUACCGCUGUUCAGAAGGCCGCUGACGACCAGCGCGAAAAGGAGGCAAAGGAGGCAAGUCAUAAAGCUGUGCAGGAAAGUUAUCAGCGUAUUGCAACUAUGCAAGCACAGAUGCAGGCUGAUCAAGAGAAUGCCCGUGUUGACGCACCUAAGCCUAAGCCUCCUCAUGCACGCCCAGUGGGGAAGGCUGCAAAAACCUCGAAGACUCCCGACUCGACUAUGGAUGGUAGGCAAGCAGGAGCAGAAAUUGUCGCCACUGAUAAGCCUGUUGUCGCCAAAGGCAAGGGUCAAAAGGGUAGAGCCAGACAGUUAGCAGCUGGUGUUAAUGUUGAACAUCCUGCGACUGAUGAAGACUUGGAGGAGGAGCCAGUAGCAGCAAAACCCCAGAGAAAAAAGGCCACCAAACCGCUGGUGAGAGAUGCGAUUGAAGCGUUAAACGCUGGUGUCGUUAUCGAUGGAUCAACAAAGGCACGUGACGCAAACGUCAAGACGAUUGAUAUUCCCAAAAUUUUUUCGUUUGCUGGACGUGUUCCGGGGUGGAUAUCGACUGUUCCCACGAACGCCUCAAAGCCAUCCUCCAAGGCUGCUACUACGCACUCACGCAGUGCUAGUACUAGCUCCGCUUUCUCUAAGCUCACAAGAGGGAGCACUAUCAGCAGCAAUGUUCCACCCCCGUCCACACCCAUCAGUAUUCCCGAUGCUGGGUCUGCUUUCUCGGGCCUGUAUGCGUCUGAUGCUGACGAGGACGAGUACGACUCGGAGGAGCUGUUCACCAAACCUCUUUCUGGUUUCAAAGGCAAAAAAGGCUUUAACUCACUUGACGAUGUUUUCCCUCGCGGUGCAACCUCAGAACCUGAGCAGCCUGAUCCAGUUGAGGAUGCCAAGCGCGCAGAAGUCCUCAGCGAUAUCCGCGACCAAAUUAUCUUCAUGAAUUUGGGUAUUGGCGACAUCCCCCCUCCUCCACAGCUUGCCUCCCUGGGGGACUAUAAGUCCGAUUCCGAUGCCAGUCACGAGCUACAGGCCGCGGAUUAUGACUCUGACCUUGUACCUCCACCCCUCGCCCAAAAACCCUCUUCCCGCUCCGCCUUCCCAGUGGAUUAUGAGUCACUGGCUGCAAGCCAGAAGCGGAAACAGCCACCUCUUCUGAGCGAGGACGACUUAUUGUCGCUAUCAUCCGAUGAUGAAAUCGUGGAGAGCACUAAUGACCGUAUGAUCGCAAUUAAGGCUGAACCUGCUUUUGAACCAGUGUCCACGCACCGGUUGACAUCUACGACCAACAUUGCUACCACUCUCAAAGCCCCUCCGGCGAAACGGCUGAAGUCCGAAUCGUCCACUACCACUAUAACUGGUUCCCAUCGCGCUAUCGCCACUGCUAUCGCCACUCCCUCCAAGGCAAUUGCGCGUUCUGCAUUCAGGAAGAAGCAUCUUCCAAAGGGUUGUCAGAUGGCAAACAAGUGGGCAAGGGAGUUCAUUCCUACUGCCAUUCGCUGUGUUGGCGAUUUAUCUGAAGUAUGGACGCUAUCAGAUGACAUUCUCUGUCCUAUCUUGCAGUCAGCCUGGGACGCGGUCUACAAAGACAAGAUUCCACACACGGUUACAGCAGACGGGCCUGUCAUCGCCCUCACCCUCCAGCGGUUGUCAGAGUGGCGCAAUAGCAUUAGCAAUGUGGCUCUCGUUGUACUCGCUAACUUCAUGAUCUCGCAGGAGGACCUCAACACCGAUCAGGACCGUCAAGAUUUCGCAUCGGGCUUGCUCGAAAGGCUCUGCUUUUUGUUUGGGGACAUCUCAGAGGACGGAGAGAUGUCCAGACCAUUCCAGUCUGACCUCCUUGUGCAGGUCCUUGUGCAGCACAAGUGCGCCACGUCUGGCGCUGUCAACAUGCCAGGAACAAACAACACAUUGCCGGGACACUCGAAGGGCGCUCUCGCUCUCGUUACAGCAGCGGCAUAUGGAACGUGCCAUCAAACUUUUGCCAAUGGGCAGAUGCUUCUGAGCGACAUCGACACCGCUGGCAACGGCCGAAACAACAAGACCCCGCUGCACAUCAAUCCGUCAACGGGUAAAGAGAGCAGUGUUCCAUUGGCGUUUUCAGAUGCCAAUUGGGGCGUGCAGACCAGGGCUUACACCACGUCUAUCAGCCGCUUGCCAGACUCGGUCGUUUACCGCAACUCGGAGCUCGCGCAGAGCCUUGCCAUGAAGAGGCGUGGCACACGGAUGGAGGUGGAUGACGAAACUGAGGAUGAGCGAGCCCUCAUUUUCUAG